AAUUGAGAAUCUUCAUUAUCGACAAUUUGGCGUAAAGAGAACUUUCGAUCAAUAAUUUCUUUCGUGCUACUGAAUUGCGAAAAAAGAACGGAAACAUGUCGUUCCUGUAUAAUUUGGUGUUCAAGCGAACCUCCACAUUCGCUGUGGGUAUCUUAGCAUCUGUGUUCUUCUUCGAAAGAGGAUUCGAUGUGGCAGCGGAUGCCUUAUUUGAAAGCCAUAACAAGGGGAAACUGUGGAACGACAUCAAACACAAACAUGAAUAGAUGAGUACCGGGGCGAGGAACGGACACUAGUGAAAAAUGAAAAGAUGAUUGUAAUCGAUCGUUGAAAUAAAUUUAAUUGAAACUAAUCGGA